UACUAACAAAGAAUAAUAAUGAGAAAAAUAUCAAUUCAUUAUCUUGACAAUGCAAAAUGUAGGAAAUUAUGAUGUCUUUAUUCAUCAAUUAUAUUAUGAAGGUAAAAAUUAGUGGAAAAAAUUGAAAUUUAGUUUGGUUAUUCUAAAACAAUGCUUGUCAGGCAUAAAGUGCAUUGAGGACAAAUGGCAGUGAUAAUGAUCGGAUCAUUGGUAGUAUUAAUCCCUACAACAAAUUGUUAAGAGCACUUGAUUCUUCUUAGUGGGUGUAAAAAAAUUGAGAACCAACCUGCCAUCUAUGCUGACGGCUGGUUCACAUUGAGGUUAGAAUAACACACGUUUAUCAAGCAUGUCAACACUUCAGAAAAUAUCAAAAUCAUUAACAAAAUACACGAGAAAUUCUGAAGAAAUUUAUCGUUCGUUGAAUGGAGUGUUCGCCAUUUAUAAACCAGCGGAAAAAACUCUCGCUCAGAUCAGAUUAAGACUAUUGAACCACAUUUGCAGAGACUUGAACGGUCUCGAUGUGCGACCCCCCGAGAACUACGUCAACAUAGAAGGUGAUACAACUAAAGAAAUGACGGUACGAGUGGAGCCUAGCUAUGCAGAUCAUCCUCUGAUAGUUGGACCACGCUAUCAACCCAACGACUUCAAGAUGUCAUCGGCCCAUAACAUACCAUAUGAAGUGUCAGGAAUAUUAUUGAUGGGGGUGAACGGAGGUACGCGAAUGAUCCAUAAAAUUAAGGAAUCCAACCCGAUGAGAUUCUUCAAAGUGAAGGGAAUACUGGGACAAGCUACAGAUACUUAUUUCAUAACUGGUAAAAUAUGCGAAAGAAGUACAUGGAGGCAUAUAAAGAGGGUACACAUUGACAGGAUAUGUGCAUCAAUGCAGUCUUCUCAUCAAAGGACAAUGUUCGAAGUAUGUGGAGUCCAUAUGCAAUCCCAGGCUGCAUACGAACUUGCAGUGCAAGGACCAAUCAGACCCACUGAAAAUCGACUCCCCACACUAUACGCUAUGAAAUGCGUUGACUUCAAUCCACCCGAAUUUACUCUAGAAAUAGUCUGCAUAAACGAAGACCCUAUAUUCCUGAAAAAUCUCAUCCACAAACUGGGUAUGUACCUACGAUCGACAGCGACCUGUACCCAAAUUCAGUGUUUUCAAUAUGGAGUCUUUGGGAUCGAGAAUGGUCUGUUGAAAAAAGACUGGGACUUGGAGAACAUUACCAAGAAUAUGAGCACCUGCCGAAAGAUUUUACGGAACCAUAAAUACCUCUUCAAACAAGAAGACCCAAUACUGAAGGAAUAUUUAAGUGAAUCGAACUUGCCUCAUUGCAGCAUAUCAAUCACCAAUGACACUACUUAAUACCUAUCUUAUAUGGAAUAGACAAAAAAAUAAUAAUACAUUUGUAAAUUGGAAAUUA